AUGAAUUCACAUUUAAAUAAGUCACUGAUAGAAAGUAAUAAUAGGGACCCACAGACCGCAAAGGAUGGUGAAGUAUUAUCUGAACAGGCACAUUAUGAUGGUACUGGCCUGAACCAACAAGAAAAUAAUGAAUUAUUGAAUACAGAUCAUCAUAACCUUCCAGUUAACAGUGAAGAAACUAAUGCAUUAAAAUCGUUUAUAGCUUCAAAUGAAAGCGCACAGACCACAUCCUCAAACUCUAUGGUUAAUCAGUUUUUUACGCAAGAGGACCUUAAGUCCAGAGACUCAAAGUAUAAGCGUUGGACUCCCAAAAUGGACCAAUUCCUUAUUCGGUUACUAUCAGAUGUAGCUCACAGUCAUUCACGUGGAACGUCACCAUCAAUAACCAAGAAGAAUUGGGCAUAUAUCACUGGCCAGCUACGUGCGGCCAACCCUGAAACUGUAUAUUCUACGUAUACAAAAUACUCUUGUCAGCAACAUUUAUUCAACGUUAACCAUCAUCGAUACAAGAUCUGGUAUUUACUUAUACUACAUGCCAAAUUACACCACAAGCGACCACAAGAUCUGUUACAGCGACCUAAUACUACGGAAUCUUUGUAUCUGUAUCGCUGGAACGUUGAAGUUGGGAAAUUUGAAGUGAUUGAUCAUACUGCACAUGUCAUCGUAAGCGAUGAACGACAGAUUAAAGCAUUGAUUUACGGGGAAGAACUUUCAUUACCUUCUCUUUCAGCGUAUAAUAAGGCUACUUUAAUUGUCAAUGAUUUCUUCCUCACCAGUAACUUAAGAUACCUCACUGCAUAUCAUAACGAUGUUUUACCACUUUUAAUAAAAUCAGAUCUGAGAUAUGGUGAUGACUUACCAGCGGACAUAUAUUCUGAAGUUCCUAGGUUCAAUCAGAAUCAUGAAGUUGAGGAAAUUUAUUUUAAACCUCUUACAACUGCUAAGGGUUCUAAAAAACGUAAUCAUGAUACAUCAUCGGGAUAUCACGAUAACGACCACCAAGAUUCUCUCUCAGUGUAUAGCAGGCUAGACGUUGAAGAAGAUGUUGUGGAAGCUGACGAAUCAGUCGAUCCCGCCCUAAAGAGGACUAGGGUUUCACUAACAGGCAAUUUGGUUGGUUCAGAUAAAUCCUCCCUAAUGUCUACCAAUUUCGAAAAUGCAAUUGCCAAUGCUGCUAUAGCAGCCAUCGACUCUCCAGCAGUUGUCGAAACUAAACAAGCAACACCUAUUUACGUUAAAGAUCGUAAGUGGUUCAUGAAGUUGAUUUCUUUAUAUGAUUCAGGCAAUCUUUCGGAUCAUGAAGUGUUGGUCGUUUGCGAAGGAAUUCGAGAUGGGAAAAUCCCACUCUUUAUGUUGAAUAUUUUAGACCAUGAUUUCUACAUAAAUAAAACUCCUGAUUCAUUUUUGGUGAAUGACCGGGUUUCAAAUGAUUACAUAGCGAAGAAAAUUCAACAAUUUAUGAUUCCAUUAACUUAUGAAUCUUAA